GGAGGCUGAGGCUAACCAGGCGGGUAAUGAAACUGAUUCGGAAGGCGACACGAUGACAGCAGACUCCAACAAGGUUUCUGCCUUGUUCAUCGUCUGCGUUUUAAUCUUUACACUGGUGUCCUUUCCUUCUGCUUCAUGCCAAACUGAUGCGGGAAGUCCGUGUGAACAUGGCACCUACAGGCACGAGGAGAGGGACUGCUGUCGGUGCGGGGUUGGUAACAAGCUGAAGGCACACUGCGUUGCGAAUCUACAAUAUGGGGAAUGUGAGCCCUGUGAGCCUGGGACGUUCAGCAGUCAACCCAGUCAAGAGAAGUUCUGUGAGCCCUGCAAACACUGCCAUCACCCCAAUGAAAAUCUAGAGGAGGCUGAACCUUGUACCCCUCCCAGGAACGCUAAGUGUCGCUGUAAACCGGAUCACUACUGCAUUGGUGACAUAAAAAACUGUCUCCUCUGCCAUCCUUGUAAAAAGUGUGGUGCUGAGGGCAUCAAGGUGAAAUGUGCGGGCAACAACAACACAGUCUGCAAUGAAGAAAUUAAAGGAGGAAAUCAAGCAGCGAUUAUAGCGGGCAUAGUUGUUGCAGUUCUAUUGUUAAUCAUUGCUGCUGCUGCUGCUGUGUUCAUUUGGAGGAAAAAAUCUCGAUCAGGAGGACAGGUCAUAGCAUCAGGAACAAAUGGAAAUGUGGAGCUGCUGCCUCUAAGAGUUCCAGAGGUGGAUCUCCAGCAUCUCAUCCCUGACAUUGCAACAGCAAUCGGAUGGAAGGAUAUGAAGAAAUUAGCAAUUCGUAGCCACGUGCCGACCGCAACUAUUGAAACCUGUGAGCUGGACCACCCGGGUGACAGUGGAGAGCAGACAUGCAAACUACUGACGAUCUGGGUGGAAAAAGAGGGCAGGCAGGCCUCCAAGAGGUUGAUAGAAAUGCUCAAUGAGAGUAACAAAAAGGUCAAAGCAGAGAGAGUGAUGGAUUUAUUACGCGAGGCCGGUAGAGCAAAUGCUCCUGCUUAAAUGUGUCUGUUAUGAGCAGCUUUUAAAUCAUUUCAUGGGGUGAUUUUUUUUUAUCAAAGAUUAUCAUAAAAUCACUCAAGAAUGAUGGAGACGUUUCAUUAUCAGAACAAUUGUACAAAAGCUGUCCAGAUCCUUGUUGUCAGUUUUUAUUAGUAUGAUACUUUAUUCUCAAAGGGGAGCAUCAUGAUUUAUGAUUACCUUAUUGAGGAUUUUUAUGAAAUAUUAAUGAGUGUGGGGGAUAGAAACGAUCAACAGGAAUGUCCUAUUUGUGAUACAUAUACAAAUAUUCUUUUAGAAAAAAAACCCACUUACAUGAUGUUUUCAUGUGGUUUAAAGAGUUCUUUUAACUAUUUAUGAAUAGGAUCAUGUUAUGAAUCACUGUUAUUUUUGCAUGAAUAGCUAUGAAAUUAAAUUCAGGUCUCCUACUGCAUACAGGUCGUUAUUUUGAAGGUGUUAUUUAUCAGGGGUUGUGUUUACAUGAGAGAGCUGAACCUUGGUUCUCUGAGUAGAGAGACUAUCUCUCCAGCCUCUAGGCUGCUCGGAGACACGUUCGGAUCAAACUAUCACUGAUUGCACGCCAGCACAGGUGCUUUAUAGAUGAGCUGGGGGGCGAGACCGGGUAAGCCGGUGUGUCUUGAAGAAAUAUCCACGGACUCUGACAAGCAAGGGAUCACAUCCCGUACAUGUAACGAACGGGGUGGAGAGAUAUUCUCGAGACGAAAGAAAACUAUGAAUACUAAGAUUUGUAGCUGAUUUUCUACGCCCUGAUCACUUCGGUUUGUUUUUAGCAGUGUGAUGUUCCUUGGUGCUACUGAGGAUUAUCACAAUUAUUUCCUUUUCAGUUUAUUAAGUAAUGGAGUGGGAGGUUUUCUGUCAGUAUUUCCUUCCAAAUGUUGAAUUUUGAUUACAUCAAAAUGCGCUGAAUUGCACCUGCUGUACUGUGUUGACAUUAUAAUGUUUCAGUAGAAAGUCUGUAUGACAUGUGGAAUAUGUAGAGCUUGCAUCUGCUUGUUUAUUGUGCUUUGUACAUGACUACAUAUCUAUAGUUUGAGUGUCACUGAAUAAUUCCACUUUCCAAAGAAGUUUGUAGAGUUUUACAGAGUUUAUAGAAAAUUGACGGAUGGAGAAGAAGGGGGAAAAAUCAUCAAAUAUAAACAUUUGAGCAGCAUUUUUUUUGGUUUAUGUUUCUUUUGUUGUAGUCAUUUUCACUUGAGCAUUGAAUUGGACAAACUUCUGAA